UGUAUAGGCACUAAAACGAAAGGAUCAGAAACCGAGGACAGUGCAACAAACGUAGAAGUUUUAAACAAAGUAGAAGAAAAAGCCCAACCAAGGAUGUCAUGGAACUCGUGGAAAAACAGCUUAAAAAAGCAUCUCGUCAGUAGCAACUCAAGAGAAGGUAAGGGGGUGGAAAGUUUCUCGGUAGAGAAACAGAAGAUGCAAGUAUCCACAGAAGAUAGCAGUGAUGAAACACAGUUUAGCCAAGGAAGUCAAGGGGAGGGAAAUCAAGGGAAUGAUUCAGUCCACGAUGACAAGAUAGGAGCAGAGAAAAGGACAAUCAGAAACGAAGAUGAACCUUUAAGGGUGAAGAACCUUGCUUCUCCUAUAGUUAUUACAUUAGACAGUAGCACUGACGAGGACAUGGUUACCUCUCCCCUUCUUUUUGCACACUUGGAGGAAGACUCUGCCUGGAAGACAACAAAGAGGCAGAGAGAAGAUGAACAACUUUCAACAGAGCAUUCCAAAAAGAGACGAAAGCUGGAUUUGCAAGAAAACAUCAGUGAAAAAAUAUCAACAAACAUUAUUCAAGUUCCAGAAGCAAACAUGCAGAAGAAAACAUUAAAAAGAAACAAGAAAACAUUAAAUGUUGACAAAACUCAAGUUAAGGAAAAAGGUUGUGAGAAUCAUGAGAGGAAAUACACUGCAGAAGAAGUAGCUAACCAAUUAAGUUGUUCCAGUGAACAUGCAGCUGAUGACACAGCAAAGAAGUCAGAAGAUGAAGACACUUGUGCAGAGGGCACUUCAACAAGCCAAGUCAGCUUGUUUCCAAGUGCUGAGAGGCACAGUGUGGAGGAAGUACAAGAGACGCCUUUGGAAUCUUCAAAUUCGUGUUCCACUGUUGGCUCACGAGGUGACACUCAGCCCUUCUUUCCUGUCCUUCAAGAAGCUACACUGAACAAAGAUGAUGAGACUACCAUCACUGAGUGUACUGGUACUGGUACAUUCUUAGAACCAAAAGGUGGAGACAAUCUCAUGUACAAAGGAAGUACUGAAUCUUCAACAGAAGAUGUAAGACCAUCUCAAGAGGCUGGUAGGUUUAGCCUUGCCAAUGUCUCUUUCAGUGGAAGCACAACUAGUGAUACUACACAAAGACAAGACUUUCCACUGACUCCUAUGGAAAGCACUCCGAGUGCAAAUGCGGAGGAGCAUAUCGAUGCUAGCCCUCAUGGAAAAGAAGAGGAAGACAGUCUAGAACAGUGGGAUAAAAUGGUCCACUGGGCCAUACAGAGCACUCCAACUGGUGUAGCAAGUCUAGCAGACAUUUGCCAGUAUAUUACAGAGAACUUCCCACAUCAUAGCAGCCUGGACAUUGUAGCACAGUCAGUGUGCAGGGUGCUAUCCACUCACAAGUGUUUCCAGGUGGUUUGUGGUCCACGAGAGAUAAAAUGGACACUGAGUGCUGCUUGUGGCCAUAAGUCCUUACCAGGCCCUUCAUUUGUGCCAACAGAUCUAGAGAGAGAGUCCAGCCCAGAGAAUUCAGACGUUACAAGCUCAACUCCUGAUGGUAUAGAUUCAGCAACUAAAGCAUUAACGUCGAAUCUAAGCAGGGAAGACAUACAGACUUUGAAUUCCAUGAUGGAAGAAGAAGAAGAGAAAAAUCUCUUGCCAGACUCUGAGUCUACAUGUAUGACUACAGAGGAAGAAACAGCCGUACUCAGCAACAAGACACCUGACAGAGGAGCGGAUAGAUGCAGUGAUAACACUGUCAGUAGUUCCCAGGAUAAUGCAUCAAACGUUCAGUGUACAUUCAGCUUUAGCAGCAGUAAUAACAGCAACUCUUGCACAUUUGACAGGAUUCUGAAGAAAGCAGAAUUGGAGGAAGAAGAAAGAGGUACAAUGCUCACAUCCCCACCUUACUUUGAGAAGCCAGAGCAGAUCAACAAUAAGUUAAGAAUGGCACAUACAGACAGUGAGAACUCUGGGACAGUGCUCACAUCCCCUCCUUACUUUGAGAAGCCAGAGCAGAUCAACAAUAAGUUAAGAAUGGCACAUACAGACAGUGAGAACUCUGGGACAGUGCUCACAUCCCCUCCUUACUUUGAGAAGCCAGAGCAGACCAGCGAUAAGUCAAGAGUGGCACAUACAGACAGUGAGAACUCUGGGACAGAGAAGGGAUCUCAUUCCCAGAGCUCAGAUGAGUCCAUCAUCCCGCCAUCGCCCCAGGAGGAGCAAAGGGCAAAGGUUGUGACCUUUACCAGAACUCGGAGAGCAUUAGCUAUUCCUCACACCUGUAGAAAAGCUGAAAAAGAAGUGUGCUCCUUGUUAGAGGAAGGAGAAGACAUGAUUGUGAGUGACUCAGACAGCGAUAGUGAGAGCACAGUUGUGUAUUACCAGGAGAAUGAAGAGGAGUCAGACACGGAGUCUUAUGUCAUCCCAAACUCACACGAGCAAGACGACUCCUUGAGCAGUGUCUCUGGGCCCAAGGCUCCUUUGCUUGGAGUAUCGACUCGGUCUGCCCUCUGGACUAAGAACAACACCCUGGUGCCAUCUCUGUAUCAGCAUCUCAGCCCCUGCCCUGUCAGGCCUUGUGUUGUACUUCUUCAUAGACUCAGGCCAGAUGACUUGAGACCUCAUCUCAAAAAGUCCUGAAAAGGAUCACCCCUGCUGCAGCUAUCCUGCCAUGUACAGCUGAUUCAUAAUACAAGUAGUACUAGUAAUAUAUGCAGUAUGGUUCAGUAAGGACUAAGGAGGUUCCUUGUGUUCAUACCAUAGUGGUAGAAUUCUAUCCUCAUACAGAGGAAACUUGUAGUAGUAGCAAGAUGUUAUGCAUUAAAUCACCUUCACCUUGUCCCACGCAUUAAUGCUGUUACCCACAAGUAUAAACAGUUAUCCAUACGUAUAAACAGGACCUCUAAAUAUCAUGUGUUUGCAUUGUUA